CGACUGGUCUAAACUGAAUGUGUAUGUUUUUGGAGAGACCUUCUGUCUAAUCUGGUUCCCCAUCGCUUCUUCCUUGAACCCCUUUGAGCCUUUAAUUUAAGGCUUCAGUUGCCGCUGGGACACUAAAUCAAGUGCAUCGUUCUACAGGGAAUGUGCGGUGAGGGGGAAAAUAUUCUCCUUUGGAGAUUAAAAGCCCAUCUCCCUACGAUUCCCACUUUCCCAUUCCUCUUACUUAAACUACCACCAACAAGAAGAAACAUCUUUUAAAAGAGAGAAAGGCUGCUCCUCUGGGGUAAUGGUGGGAGAACUAAAUGACACUGAAAAUUCUGGAAAUGAGGAGAAAGAGACUAGAACCGCAAGCACCAGAUGAAGCAGAUGAAGAGAGAGAAGAGUCUUUUAGUUGGUCAUGUCUUGCUCUUCACUCAGAAUGCCUCUAUCACCACCUGCUGUGCGGUCCUGAUGCUUGUGUUCUCAUACAGAAGGGAGCUGGAGCAAGUAUGGCAAGGCUGGUUCACUGUGGUCUGCUUCACAGCUGUGAUCACCUUGGCAGCCUUGGCAAACCUGGCCAGCACAGCACUGACCAUCAGCAUUCAGAAGGACUGGAUUGUAAGCCUCACAGGUGACAACAGAGGCCAGCUGGCUGGGAUGAAUGCAGCUGUCUGGCGGCUGGACCAGAUCAUCAGUAUAUCUGCUCUCCUGUUCAUGGGCCAGGUGAUGACAUGGGCAUCUCAUGUGAUCGGUUAUGGUUUCAUUCUUCGAUGGAGCUUGGUUUCACUUCUUGUUGAGUCUCUAUUUCUAUCCAGGAUUUUUCAACUAGUUCCCCAGUUGGCUGUAAAACCCCAGCAACAAACGGGGGCACUUCCUAGAAAGGCGACAGGAGGCUGUGAACAUUCAAGGUGAUGCAAACUCAGAGACAGCUCUUGCUUUUUUUUUUUCCCCUCCUUUAUGUCAAUGCUUCUUUUCAGAGCUUGUGUCUAACUAUAAUCUUAAUAUUCUGUCUGCAAAUGUGCCUCAAACAGUGAGAAAUGAGAAGUC